AUGGACCUCGCGGACGAGCUCCUCAACGAUCUCGACGGGGAUUCGGGCUCCGAAGGAGCGCCUGGAGAGGUGGACGAGGACGGCUUUGUGCGGCCGAACUUGCCGGUCUCAGGAGGCUCGAAGCGCAAACACGGUGGCGCGGCCGAUGGCGAAGACAGCGAAGACAACGACGAUGAUGAGGACGGUGCAGAGAUGGACGACAAGACCGGCUUGCUCAGCUUGCCCACCAAUGGCACCGAACCCGCCCAGGAGAUGGACAUCGACGACGUCAAAAAGAUGGUGUUGACCGAUAUUGACGAUGUCGGAUCGGUCGCCAAGCUGUGGAAUAGUCGAACGCUCAAGGAUGUAAUGGCAAAAAUUGAGCAUUACGCCGAAAAUCCUUCUGGCGAGACCGCCAUGAGUAACGAUGCCGCCGAAUACCGACUGAUCGUUCAAGCAAACAAUUUGGCGGUCGAGAUCGACAACGAAGUGAUGGUAGUACAUAAGUUCAUUAGGGAUCAUUACGCGCCCCGCUUUCCCAACCUCGAACGAUUGCUUCCCAACCCAUAUGAAUAUCUAAGAGCUGUAAGGUUGUUUGGGAAUACACCGGACCUCAGCUCAGUUAGAGGCUUCGAAAAUGUCUUGAGCUCGGCGACAGCGAUGAUUGUCACAGUCGAGGCAGCCACGGUAUCUGACGAUCGAGUGUUGACAGAGCUUGAAUGGAAUCGCGUCGACAAGGCGGUUUUGGCUGCUGAAGAACUCGAAGACGCCAGGCGGAAGAUCUUAGAAUACGUGGAAUCCCGCAUGUCACUCAUGGCCCCGAAUCUUUCUGCAAUCGUCGGGACCCGGACUGCCGCCAAGCUGAUGGGUGUUGCGGGCGGUUUAAGUGGGUUGAGCAAGAUGCCUUCGUGCAACGUUCAUUUGCUAGGCGCCCAAAAGAAAAACUUGGCUACUGGCUUCUCAACGGCUCAUUCGACCCACUCACAGCAAAGGCUCCAUACCGGGUUUAUAUAUCAGUGUGACCUAGUUCGGAACACGGAGGAGCCAUUCAGGAUGAAGGCCCAAAGGACGAUUGGUGCGAAAUGUGUAUUGGCAACCAGGAUGGACCAUAGUCGACAAUAUCUAGACGGGUCAUACGGGAUGAAGCUGAAAGAAGAGAUCAAAAUCAAGCUCGAGAAACUCGCCGAGCCGCCGCCCCAGAAGCUGACCAAAGCGCUCCCGGUCCCCUCGGAAGGACCGAAGAAACGACGCGGGGGAAAGCGGGCUCGGAAGGCCAAGGAGGCGCACGCGCAGACGGAGUUGAAGAAGCUGACGAACCGGCUGCGGUUUGGCGAGGCGGAGGAAGAGAUCGGCUCGUUCGACGAAACCAAAGGGCUGGGCAUGCUUGGGGGGAAUGCGACGGGCAAGGUGCGCCUGAAUGCCGGCGAGAGCAGGUCGCGAGCGAAGCUCUCGAAGGCCAAUAAGAACCGACUCUCGGCCCUGCGCUCGAGUGCGGCCUCGUCGGGCCAGUCGGCCCUCACCUCCGGCACCUCCUCCUCCUUGGUCUUCACCCCCGUCCAGGGCCUCGAACUCGUCGACCCUGCCGCGCAGAGGGCCAGGCAACAGGCUACGCUUGAAGCCGCUAAGCCCGGCUGGUUUGUCGAGGGGAGAUUCUCGGUCGUGCCAGGCAGCAAAGACAAAGGUGCCUCUACAAUACUCAAAUGA